AUGGGAAAAACUAACCAGAUGUUUAAAAAACGUGUAAAAAGACAUCAAAGGGACAUCAUCAAUAAAGACAUACACAAUGCUUUGGCUUCCCACAUAGAAGCCAACAGAGGACAUUUGUUUUUGUUUAAAGUUAUUGAAAAUAUCUAUACUGGACCAAGAAAGGGUGAUAUCGAAAAUCUGACUGAGCUAAGAGAAACAAAAUGGAUAAUCAACUCGAGAGCGGUUCAACCUCCAGGUCUGAAUAGUGUCAUUCCUUUAAAACCAGUCUUGAAGCUGAGAAGACCGACUAUAAGUUACUGGGCAACCGUAGCAGCCUUGAGUGACAAGAAUCAGUUUCCUUCCUUUUUGCGUACUGUUCCCAGUGACCAGUUCCAGUCCAUUGGUGCUGCACGACUGAUCUCAUAUUUUGGUUGGACUUGGGUAGGGAUGCUAGCUGAGGAGAGUGAUUAUGGUCAACAAGGGAGCCAGUUAGUGAAACAGCAGCUUUCUAAAGCUGGAGUCUGUCUGGCAUUUGAAGAAACCAUCCCAGUAGUUUAUGCAGAACACAAGAGCAAAAUAAUAAUCAGCACUAUAACUAAAUCAACAGCAACAGUUAUCAUAGUCUUCUCCACUGAGAAACCAUUCAAUCCUUUAAUGGAGGACAUUGCAAAAUACAACAUAACUGGAAAAGUCUGGAUUGCAACAGAAGGUUGGUCUGUUUCUCCCAAGUUUACAGAAAAAGAACUCUUUAAUACAUUCCACGGAACACUUGGGAUCCUGUUCCCUAAUUACGAGAUGCCAAAGUUUAAGGAUUACCUUUUGGGCAUUCAUGCAUCUAAAUAUUCACACGAUAUUUUUCUAAACAGUUUCUGGGAAAAUGCUUUUGGUUGCCAAUGGGUCAGCUUGAUAAAAAAUUUUACUCAGGGCAGAAAAGCCGGGGAUCAAAGCAGCGUUUGCACUGGGUAUGAAAGUCUUGGUGAUAUUGAGAAAAACUGUUUCCUGGAUCUGCUUCAUUACUUGAAGAAUGUGUACUUUCAAACAAGAGAGCAGAAGGCCUUUUUCUUUGAUGCUAAUGGUGACCCUCCUGCUGUGUACAGUGUCCUGAACUGGCAGGUAACAGGUGAAGGGACUGCUAGAUACACUGAAGUUGGACUUUUUGAUUCUAGUGCUUCAGCAGAUGAGGAUCUCAGCAUCAACAACAGCAUGAUUGUAUGGAAUGGUGCUGAAAGACAGAUUCCUGUCUCCAGGUGUAGUGCAAGUUGUUAUGCAGGAUUUCGGAAAUCAACCCAACCAGGACAGCCACUCUGCUGCUAUGUCUGUGUCCAAUGUUCUGAUGGCGAGAUCUCCAAUGAAACUGAUUCAAAUGACUGUCUCAAGUGUUCUGGAACUCAGUGGUCAAGCAGCAGACGAGAUCAAUGUGUGCCAAAAAUCAUUGACUUUCUGUCCUACAAUGAACCAUUAGGGGGCAGCCUGGCUGCAGUUAGCAUCUGUAGUGCUGUGAUAGUUUCUCUUACACUGAUGAUCUUCAUCAAAUAUCGGAAUACUCCUAUUGUUAUGGCAAACAACCAGAAGCUUAGCUACCUUCUCCUAGUCUCCUUACUUCCCUGCUCUCUCUGUUCCCUGGCAUUCAUUGGACAACCAAGAGAUCUGAGUUGCAUGCUCCGACAACAGAUUUUUGGAAUAUUCUUUGCAUUGGCCAUUUCUUGUAUACUGGCUAAAACAGUAACAGUUGUUAUUGCAUUCAGCUCUAUAGACAUGAGCAGUGACUUAAGAAAGUGUGUAGGGCCCAGACUGCCGAAUUCGAUUGUCAUUGUGUCUACUUUGUUACAAACUGCAGUGUGUAUCACAUGGCUAUCCUGGUCACCACCUUUCUGUGAAACUAAGUCAUCAUCCUCACAUCAGUGGAAACUGAUUAUCCAAUGCAAUGAAGGAUCUGUUGUUGCAUUCUGGGGCAUGCUGGGAUACCUGGGAUUCCUGGCUAGUGUAAGUUUUAUUAUUGCCUUCCUUGCCCGAAGCCUGCCAGAUAGCUUUAAUGAAGCAAAGUUCAUUACAUUUAGCAUGUUGGUCUUUGUGAGUGUCUGGUUUUCAUUUAUCCCAGCCUACCUGAGCACCACUGGGAAGUAUAUGGUUGCUGUAGAGAUAUUUGCCAUUGUCUCUUCAAGUGCGGGACUCCUUGUGUGCAUAUUUUUCCCAAAAUGUUAUAUCAUACUGCUACAACCACACAGGAAUAGUAAGAAAUAUCUAAUGGGGAAAGGACAAUUUAACAGAAAUCAUUGUUAAAGCUUCUUCAAGAUAAAAUUAACAAUAGCAGAUAAAGGGCCAUAUUGUAAGAGACCAGACUAUCAUUGACUCUGCCAUGUUUUCACUGCUUUAGCCUCUA